CUGGGUAGCCUCAAAGUGCACAAAAUGGCGGCUAGAAGAACCUCACGCUCUCACUAUUUACCAGCGAAUUUAGAGUCUGAGCCUAAUCUGGACCUUAAUCUGGACUUUAGUACCGAGACCCGAACUCUCCCACCACAGCCGUAGAUGCGGUAUGAACCAGUGAGAGGCAGCAGAGCGCCACCGGGCGUCCGAGGCCGAGACGAGCCAUGAGAAGAAGAAAAAGCAGUAGAAGAAGAAGAAGAGGAAAGUGUGCGCAUGCGCAGAUUGUUGGGCUGUGGCGGAGCUGGAGGAGUAAUAAUAAUAAUAAUAAUAAUAACAUUCACAACACAAUUACUUUUAUUUGUCUUCGUCUCCGGUGGAAGACGAUGGCUGGGACCGCGCUCAAGAGACUCAUGGCCGAGUAUAAACAGCUGACCCUGAACCCACCUGAAGGGAUUGUUGCAGGUCCAGCCAAUGAGGAGAAUUUCUUUGAGUGGGAGGCGCUUAUCAUGGGGCCUCAGGACACCUGCUUUGAAGGAGGCGUGUUUCCAGCUGUCCUCAGUUUCCCCUCAGAUUAUCCACUCAGUCCUCCCAAGAUGAGGUUCACCUGCGACAUGUUUCACCCCAACAUCUACCCAGAUGGUCGAGUGUGUAUCUCCAUCCUUCACGCUCCAGGUGAUGACCCUAUGGGCUAUGAGAGCAGUGCAGAGAGAUGGAGUCCAGUCCAGAGCGUAGAGAAGAUCCUUCUGUCUGUGGUUAGCAUGUUAGCAGAGCCUAACGAUGAGAGCGGUGCAAACGUUGAUGCGUCUAAAAUGUGGCGUGAGGACAGAGAGCAGUUUUACAAACUCGCCCAGAAAAUCGUUCGCAAGUCGCUGGGUCUGUAGAGAUGAUGAUGAUGAUGAUGUCAUCACUCCUGAGCAAUGACAUCAUCGCCCUGAGACACUGAUGUCAUCAGAGCACCUGUCCUUUCCCGCCUGCAGUAACACACAGCUUCCUCCUCGUCACCGUGGAAACACAAACACACACACACACACACACACACAGUGCUGCUGACAUGGACAGAUCACAUGUGAGUAAUAUGCAAAUCAUGUGUCAUGUGAUCAUCACACUGACACCAGCUGAGCAUCAGUGGAGUCUGGACCCGUCAUGUGACCUCUCGUCAUGUGACCUCUCAUUGCCAUGUGACCUCAUGUGACCUGUCUCCACAGAGAUGGACGGAUUGAAAUGUGUAGAACCAGGAGAGAGCAUGUGAGGUGACGUCGCCCCCUGGUGUUGUGGUUGGUCAGGUGUUGUAAUCUGAGGUUCAGUCCACAUGCUUUCAAACACAUCGAUGUUGCUAUGGUUACACCUGUUUGGUCCACUCUGUUCUCGCUGUCUCCCACUUUAUUUUGAAAACCGUGGUUGUGGGAAAUAAAAACAGAAUUUUAUUUUGAAAACUGGGGUUGUGACAAACACAAACAGUAACUUUAAUUUUGAAAACUGUGGGGUUCUAAUUUAGUGUUUUAUUUUGAAAAUUAGGGCUGAGACAACCAGAAACUCAGACUUUUGUUUUGAAAACUGUGGGGUUGUGACAUAAACUGGGACUUUUAUUUUGAAAACUGCAGGGUUGCGAUAGAUGGGGACUUUUAUUUUGAAUAGUAGGCGUUGAUUGUCAUUGAUUUUUUUUCUGAUCUUAUUUUUCCCGUUUUUCGUCUCAAACGUACGAUCUCGAUCAUUUCUCUGCGGGACUUCUUACGCACUUUAUCUCUUUGAUCUCUAAACAACGCUCGUCUGUGUGGAGGGCAGCGCUUGGCCGAAUGGGCGGAGCUUGACUUUGUCAUGUGUCUUAAAGAUGGUGAAGUUGUUUAAUUUAUGUUAUUAAAUAAAUAAAUGGAUAGAAGAGAAACAGA